ACCAGUUUGUCAAAACAAACAGCACCGAGUCGGCAUAAAGUGAGCGUAUUCGUGGCUGACAGCUGUCAAAGUUAACACUGCAGCUUCUCAUAGCCCACCUGAAAGGUUUGCCAUGGCUUUAAAGAGAAUACAGAAGGAGUUGAAUGACUUACAGAGGGACCCUCCUGCUUCAUGUUCAGCUGGACCUGUAGGGGAGGACAUGUUUCACUGGCAAGCUACCAUCACAGGACCGAAUGACAGCCCAUAUCAUGGAGGAGUGUUCUUCCUUUCUGUCCAUUUCCCCACUGACUACCCCUUUAAACCACCAAAGGUUGCCUUUACAACGAAAAUCUAUCACCCAAACAUAAACAGCAAUGGUAGCAUCUGCCUUGACAUCUUGAGGUCACAGUGGUCCCCUGCACUUACUGUAUCAAAAGUUUUAUUAUCCAUUUGCUCUUUGCUAUGUGACCCAAAUCCAGAUGAUCCACUAGUCCCAGACAUUGCACACAUAUACAAAUCAGACAGACAAAAAUACAACAAAGUUGCCAGAGAAUGGACCCAGAGGUAUGCAAUGUGAAGGAGAGUGAAGUUUCUGCAACUGCAACGCAUCCUAGAACACCUCGAAAUAUGGCCGCAUUGUUGCAACUCUUCAUCCGCACUGGUUGUAGUCAAGGUGUUUUUUUGUUUUUUUUUACGCUUGAAGCACUUUCUCUACUCUGACUUGACAUGACUCAAUUGUUUUUACUGUUUAUUUUAUUUUUCCCUUAAAUUGGCAUUAUUAUUAUUUUUAUUAUUAUUAGCAGUGGUGAGAUGGCCUAAUUGUAUUUUUCUUUAUUAAGAGAUUUAUAUUGUACAAGAAUACACUGAAUUUAUUUUGCAUUAUUUUGCAUUAAAAAGGUUAAUCGAAAAAAGUGAAUUUCAAAUUGUUUAAUGGCAAUACACGAGUAAACUGAAUUUAUGAAAAAUCUUGCAGUGGCAUAAAAUGUCUGUUUUUGUGGAAUUUCUAUAAACCUCAUCUUAGAGGCUGUCUCUUAUUUUAUUAUUUACAUGGCCACUAGGUGGUAGCCUUUGCUUUUUACUGCACAAGCCUUUUACAGAGGGCUGUUUCUCCCCUGGACAACUUUAAUAUUCAUGUUUGUGUUACAUUUAAUUCAGGCCCAUUUGCUAAACGGUUAUUCAUAUGCAUAGCGGUAAUUAUAGUGUCUUGCAUUAGCGCUGAAAUGAAAAUAAGAUGUUAUGCAUGUCGAAAUUAGACCGCCCAUUAUCAUCACCUCUGAUUGUUUGAGUACAGUUGCUGUACAUGGGUGAAACUGCUAUGUACAGCAACUCUACCCGUUAAUGGAGCAGCUCAUGACUCAUUUGGAAGUGUUUAUAAUUUAAUGCAAUCAUGUUCUCCCUACUGAUAUUAAUGUAAACACAGGCAUAUUUAACCUCUGCAGUGCAACAGUGAUGUAACUCGAUACUUCUCUCAGCUGUAGCUUUGGAGCUUUUCAACUUCAGUUUAUUGCAAGUCUGGCUAAAGACCUUAGUACUCCGCUUUUAAAAAUGCAGCCAAUAUAUUCCUUUAAACAUGAAGUCAUAUGAAUUGUAAUUUCCACCCCAGAUCUCAGAAUGAUGGAGAUUUUCCUUCCAAAUGAGCAAAAAUUGGACUGGGAGAAAUCUGUGGUAAUGCUGCACUAUGGUUAUUUUGCUUUGUAAUGAAAGCUCCAGCUGUCAUCAAAAGACUAAUGAUGAUGACGAUGGGAAAACGUCUAUAGUGAGUGGCCUGGCAGGUACUUGUGAUGGAGGACAAAUCACAAAUACAGCAAGGCAAAAUAUUAGCCUGAAUUAACAACAUGUUAAGCUAAAGCCAUAAAGAUGUAAAUUUACCAUGAACAAGUGCAUUUAAUAGGGCCAUAUAUCAUUGGAGGCUGUCCUGGCUACAGCAUGAGACUAACCCCAGGCUUCUGUCAAAGUUAUAUUUCUAUCGGGACUUGCAAACUUCCUAUUGUACUCAUUAUUUAGUUCAGUGACCUUUAUCGUACCUCCUUGUUAUAUAUAACCUUUUCCUACAUCAUCACAUGCAGUAUAUACCAUUUUUUUGUUUUCUUGUCUGUGGCCCUUUUCAGGAUAUCUUUAAUGUGGGCUUUUUUCAAGUUUGUUUUGGUUUCCUUUUCCUGUAUUGCUUCCCUUCACCCACUUCCCAGGAUGUGUUGUGUUUCCUCUGUAAACCAAUAAAUUGGUU